CUGUCAUUCACUCUCUCUCUCCCUCAUGCAUCAGCUUCGUCACCCAUUUGCCAAUUUAUAACCCCAUCAAUCUCCGCCAACUUCUCCAAUCCAAAUCCUCUCCUCUUCUUUUUCUUCCUUCUCUCUUCCUCUGUUCUCUUGUUUUUUCAGUUUCUUGUGUUCGUUUCGGUGUUUUUGAGUGUGAACCAAUAACAGAGCUAGCCAUGGUGGCUCUGUCACAGACAGCAUUAGACCAGUACUCUCUCAUCAAAACAUGCAAGCCUUCAGGCUUCUUCUCUGGGAUUCCUGUGAUAAACCUGACGGACCCUGAUGCCAAGUCUCUCAUAGUUGAAGCUUGUCAAGAGUUUGGGUUCUUCAAGUUGGUCAAUCAUGGAGUCCGAAUGGAGUUCAUAAGCAGAUUAGAAACUCUAGCUAUUAGCUUCUUUGACCUUCCUCAGUCUGAGAAAGAUAAGGUUGGCCCUCCUGACCCUUUUGGCUAUGGCAACAAGAGAAUUGGCCCUAAUGGUGAUAUUGGCUGGAUUGAAUAUCUUCUCCUCAACACUAAUCCUCAAAUCACUUCCCAUAAAACUCUCUCCAUUUCCCAGGAAAACCCUCAAAUUUUCAGCUCUGCUGUGGACGAUUACAUACUGGCAGUGAAGAGCAUGGCUUAUGAAGUACUGGAAUUGAUGGCAGAUGGAUUGGGGAUUGAGCCGAGGAAUGUGCUAAGUAAGCUGGUGAGGGAUGAGAAAAGCGACUCAUGCUUCAGAGUAAACUAUUAUCCACCAUGCCAAGAGCUCCAAGCAUUGAGUGGUAGAAAUUUGGUUGGGUUUGGGGAGCACACAGACCCACAGAUAAUUUCUGUCUUAAGAUCUAACAACACAACUGGCCUGCAAAUCUGUCUGAGAGAUGGGACUUGGGUUUCAGUCCCACCUGAUCAGACCUCCUUUUUCAUCAACGUUGGUGAUGCCUUGCAGGUGAUGACUAAUGGAAGACUUAGGAGUUUGAAGCACAGAGUUUUAGCUGACACUAUAAAAUCAAGAAUUUCAAUGAUCUACUUUGGUGGUCCACCAUUGAGUGAAAAGAUUGCACCUUUGCCAAAUUUAUUAGCAGAAGGAGAAGAAAGCUUAUAUGAGCAGUUCACAUGGUGUGAAUACAAAAACUCUGCUUAUAAGUCAAGAUUGGCUGAUUACAGACUUGGCUUAUUUGAAAAAAAGAAAAAAUUGCGGACCCUUUUAGCAAAUAUUUAACUUAUAGGAUUUUGUCAAAGCUCAAAAACAGGUUUGGAAGUGUUUGACUUAAUUCCCAUAGAUGGAAAAGCAUAUAGGCUGUUCUUUACUUUUCUUAUUUUUUUU